GUCACGUCACUAUCCUUCCCUUGCAUCAUGCUGAAGAAUAUGAGCAAAGGCCUGUUUCAAAUCGACUAGUUCGGAGGCCAGGAACAGCAGCAGCAGCAGCCAGCAAGCACGAUGAGAAGAGAGCGGAGAUAUGCUAGUGGUAGUUAAUCCAUCUGUUCCCCCGCAGCAUCCCACAAGGCCGCCGGCAUCAGGUAGAAGAAGCGGCCAGCGCCAGCGGGGUCGUGCCGGCUUCCUGGAAGCUGCCGUUGACCCCGGAGGAAUAUCAGGUAGGUAUCCUCCUUAUCCGCUGCGGCUGCGGCUAGCAGGAGCAGGGGCCGCCACGACCUACGGAGCCAUGUCGCCCACCCCGGCGCCCGGCGGCGGCGAGGAGUUCACGGAGGUGGUGGUGGUCCGGCACGGGGAGACCUCCUGGAACGCAUCUCGCAUCGUCCAGGGACAAAUGGACCCAGAGCUGAAUGAGAUCGGUAGACAGCAAGCCGUUGUGGUGGCUCGUCGGCUGUCAAAAGAAGCCAAACCAGCUGCCAUAUAUUCCUCUGAUUUGAAGCGUGCUUCUGAGACUGCAGAAAUUAUAGCAAAAGUUUGUGAUGUAUCAAAUUUGGUGCUGAAUGAGGCACUGAGAGAAAGGCACAUGGGAUAUCUCCAAGGCUUGAAGUGGGACGAUGCUGUAAAUAAGAAUCCAGAUGUUUUCAGAGGCUUCGAUAUUUUUAAAAUUACUGAGGGCUCUGAUCCUGAUAGUAGAAACCAAGAAAUACCUGGUGGUGGAGAGAGCCUGAAUCAGUUAACCGAGCGCUGUGUCUCCUACUUGAAUAAGGUUGCCCAGGAACACAAAGGGGAGCGGGUUGUGGUGGUCUCGCACGGUGCAGCCAUACUGGAGCUGUGCCGGCACACCGAUCCACCCAACAGCUCCAUUCGCAGGAACAUUCCCAACACUUCAUUGAACGUCUUCCGUGUAUCCGGCGUCACUGGGCGGUGGAUCCUUGAGAGGUGUGGAGACGUUAGCCAUCUCAACGGAAAUGGCUUCCUGGAGAACUCAUUUGGCGGCGAUGGGGCCUCCGCGUAACGCGUGCAGUGAUGAGUUCAUUCAUGGAGAUGGAGUCAACACAAUCGUCGCCGGCAGGCUCGCGCUAGAUGAAGGGAUCUCCGUGUUUUUACAUUGCCAUUUUCUUGGGCGUGUGCUGCUUUGCAGCUGCCUGCUGCUGCUCGGCAGAGAGCGGCGCAGCUGCAGCGGCAGCAGCAGCCGUUCGAACAAGCUUUUUCGUUUGCUUGGCUGAAUAGCAAUCAUCAGCAUUCUGGUGAUUCCACAAACUAAAUAAACCAAGACGAGAUUACAGUCAACUAUGAGAGAUAUUAAGAACACA